AUGGUCUUCGGCCUGAGCAGGAAGAACACCUCCAACGAGCCCACCGCCGACGAGGCUACCGCAACCACCUCCACCACCACCACCACCCCCGAUGCGAACGCCUCCCCCGCCGCAGACACCGCCUCAACAUCCUCCCCCACCGAACCCAAUGGCGUCCCCCUCAAAGCAAAAGAAGAGCUGGCCCAGGCCGCCGCAGUCGACGGCCAGACCCCAUCAGAUACCAGCAAACUCAAGACCUUCCUCAUGAUUCUCAGGCGCUUCAUCGGCGUCACGGAUAUUGCCGCCGUGCGCUUCUCCCUGCCCGCCCAGCUCAUGGAGCCCAUCCCCAACCUCGAAUACUGGCACUACCUCGACCGUCCCGAGACUUUUGCGGCGAUUGGGGAUAACGACGACCCGCUGGAGAGGAUGCUGGGCUGUCUGCGUUUCUGGUUCACGAAGGAUCUGAAAUAUGUCAAGGGGAAGCCGUGUAAGCCGUACAAUAGCAGCUUGGGGGAGUUCUUCCGGUGCACGUGGGACGUGGAGAGCGAGAAGAACAAGGAGGGGAAGCCCGUGAAGGUCAACUACAUCACCGAGCAGACUUCGCAUCACCCGCCCGUCUCUGCUUUUGUGUAUGAUUGCCCGGAUAAGGGCGUGGAGGCGGUGGGCUACGAUCAGCUUUCUGCCAAAUUCACUGGCACCAGCGUCAAGGUCACCCCAGGACAAUACAACCGCGGAAUCUUCAUCCGGCUCAAGAACCGCGAGAAUGAGGAGUACCAGUUGACACACCCAGCCGCUUUCCUUGGCGGGUUUCUGCGUGGGAAUCUCGCCGUGACUGUGGCCGAUAUCUGCUACGUGUCCUGCGAAAAGACCGGCAUCAAGACGAUCCUGCACUAUCUCGAGGAAGGCUACUUCGGCAAGACGCAGAACAAAGUCGAGGGAAUCGUCUACAGACCCACAGCCUUCGCGUCCGACGACAUCACGCGGUUAAAAGAUGUGCCGAAAGAGCAGAUCCUCGGACGGAUAGAAGGCGUCUGGACGGAGAAGAUUUACUUCUCUCCCGGCGCGACGGAAUUCAAGAAGACGUCCGAGAGUGAACGGAUCCUCCUCAUGGACGUGACUCCUCUGCUGCCCGUGCAGAAGAAGUGCCCGCCGGAAGAGAAGCAGCUCCUGAACGAGUCGCGAAAGUUCUGGGCCGAUGUCACGCGUUUCAUCCAGACCAAGCAAUUCGCACAGGCCACUACGCGGAAACAGCAGCUGGAGGAAGUGCAGAGACAGCGGGCACAGGAGCGGGAACAGGCGGGCAAGAAAUGGGAGCCGAGGUUCUUCGCUACCGUGACGGAGAAGGACGGUCGGGCCAUCCUGAGUGAGGAGGGUCACAAGGCGAUGGACGGCCUGCAGAGGGAGGAGUACGAUCUGACGCCGCCCAAGGAGUACGGGGCGCUCUGA